CGCUUAACCACAUUUCCUACACAGAUCUGAUUGAAGAGUAUUUCAUCAAAUACAGCAACGAUGUUACCAUUGUUAGUAAUCCUUGCUGUUACAAGUUUUACCUUCGCAGUGCCACAACAGCGAAUAGUUAAAGAGACGGAUUAUGUAGUUGUUGAUGGCCCAGUGAACUGGUAUGAUGCAAAAACGAUAUGCGAAAAUAAAGGUGGUUGGUUGGCGGAACCUCGCUCGCAGGCGGAAAAUGACGCAAUAAGAACAUUAUUUGUAUCAGGUCAUUAUUGGCUUGGUAUUACCGAUCUAAACCACGAAGGUAGAUAUACCUACGCCAGGGACGAUUCAGAAAUUGUAUACGAUAACUGGAAUACAAAUCAACCAGACAAUUAUCUAGGGUUUGAACACUGUAUAGAGAUGACGACGGCCAUUGGUAAAUGGAAUGAUCUUCCCUGUAACUACGAAUGGGGACAUGCAAUCUGCAGAAUUCCCUGUGGUGGACACGGGGAUCCCCAUAUGCGGACAUUCGAUGGUCGUGAUUACUCCUUCCAGGGCACAUGCUGGUACACUCUAUUCAAAGACUGUACCGUCGACUUUCGUUUUGAAGUCACUGUCAAGUUUGAAGCCAGAGAAGAUAGCACAGCAGACCAAAUCAGAUCGAGAAUUGUUGCCUUCAACGUAACUGUUGGAGAUCAAUACGCAAUUGUCGAUGGACGUGACAUUAUUAAAGGACAUACUGGUGGACAGGUGACUGCUGUGAAUUCCAUAUUUAUUGAAGAAAAAGAUAAAACAAUUAUGCUGCACUUCACUUCUAAAGACAUGACAUUCACUCUGGAUUGGACUUUGAGAAAACAUAUAUUAAAAGUAUCCUACUAUGGCUCAUUUUACCGUGGAAAGCUGUGUGGUCUAAUGGGUAAUGCCGAUGGUGAUACCCACAACGACUUCAAAAAACCAGAUGGAAGUACCACGAAAGACGUUACCGAGUUUGGAGAAACUUGGAAAGUAAACGAAAAAAAAUGCGCUUAGAAAUAUACCCAUUUGAAGAAAAGAUUGACUUUGGCUGCAACAUUUUCUGGUGAUUAUGAUGAUAAAUGAGAUAUACAGUAAACGGUUACAUGGGUUAAGUUAACGGUUUUGAUUGUGUUCAAUCGUAGUUUGUACAUCAUAAUUGUAAUGAUACAAUCAAUUAUAUAAAUCGUGUAGAGGGUAGUGAAUAUAAAUAAAAUGGUGGCAAUACAAAAAACUAA